CCAUUGUCUGUCAACCAACAGCAAUGUCGCUGUCGACUGAGGCCAACUUUAGGGCGAGACACAGCAACAGAGGAAAAGGGGACACUAUUUGUGUGGUGCCCGACCUCUUCUCUGAUCUCUUGGAAGAUAACUUUGACCUGAACAAGUCCUACCCAUGUACUCAGAGACCGUUUAACAAGAAGACCCUCCUUGUGUUGAAACGUCGCUUGCAUCCAGGUUUAUUGAGAGGUGAAUGUGUGGAUGUUUGCACAUCUGUGGCAGAGAGAAACCACCAAAUCUUGAGCUUAGAUCCUUGUUCCCGGGUUUCCGUUGCCCCCCUGCCACAUCCGUCUACUGUGUCAGAGAAAGAGGAGAGCUUAAUCAGUCAAUUAAUCUCCGGAGGGUUUAACCUGUCUGGGUCCCCGUCUGCACUCAACCCAAACAAAGCCAUUCUCACUGUCGACCAUAAGACCACACAGAUUUUGUCAGCAAAUGAACAGGCCUGCAAACUGUUUGAGUGCACUACCAAUGACCUCAUUGGAAAAAAGCUCUCCUGUUUCUUGAAGAAAACCAAUCAGGUCCUUGAAGAUGCAUUGGAAGAAGAUUUUUUGCUAGUGGAUGGAUCUGUCGUAGCUGUGUCCGGAAAAGUGGUGGAUGCUGUGACGUCAGCUGGAGAGGUGCCAGUAUCACUGUGUACUCUCAGACAGUCACAACUUGAAGAGCAAUCGAUUGUCAUGAUGGAAAUUGUGGAAAGAAUAUCAGCAUUCCUGUCAUUUUCACAAGAAGGCAGCAUCCUUACCUGUGACUUGGCAUUUGCACAACUCCAUGGAUAUCAGCAUCCCGACAAGUUAAAAGGGAUGUUUGUUCAGGAGCUAAUCCCUUCUUUACAAAUCCCCCUCCACAGUAACGCAUUUCCCAAGAUGCUAAGAGUUCAGAAAGUGUUUGGUAAAAGCAGAGGGGGUGCAUCUGUCCCGCUGUGCGUCAAACUUCAGGGGGCCGUGGUAUGUGGGAAACCCCGACACCUAAAUAAUGGGACUGGUUGCACCUGUCCAACAGAGAGUCUUGAAAGAUCAAGUGUGGAAGAAAAGCAGGACUGCUCACCCCUCACCUCCACUGUGUGCCAGUCAGGGGGCUUAAACCAUGAACACAGUGAGAAAGCUCAUGAAAAAGAGCCAUCUGCUGAAGUCAAAGUGCACAGCCUUGUACUCUCCCCCAGUCGUGCGCUGGAGUACUCUGGAACGAUUUGGGUGUUUGCUCCUCUGAGUGGCCUCCUCCUGCUCCACCCUGAUGGUUCGAUCUGCAGCAUCCACGACCACCUGGCUCUCAGUCUGUUUGGCUACAGCAAGGACGAGCUGCUGAGAAAGAGCGUCGCUUUUCUGAUGCCUGGUUUCUACAGAUGGAUGUCAGACUCCGACCAAAAGGGCAUCUCCUUUUCUGAUUCUCCAACAGAGGCUUGUAAAGAGGCAUCCUCAUCUAAAGUUUCAGGGAAAUCUGACCCUUCCUCACUGGUGGCCGGUGAUAUGGCCAUGGUGAAUCACGCCGCACUGGGAAGAACCCCCACAGGGAGAGGAAAGAUCUUCACUGGAACCAGCACCAGACUGGACAAACAGGGUGCUCUGUCUACCCUCUCUCCUCCCGCUGUCACCUCCACACGUGUGGUAAUGGCCGAUGACACUGCAGAGCUGCUGGAGCAGGCUGCACAGGUGGCUCCCUGCAGCAGCCAGCCGGACGGUGCAGAUAACACUCAGGCUCUCCUAAAGACAUUCACCUGGGUGGAUCCUCCAGAAGACAUCACCUUCUGUCUGCUGUCCAGCAAACUACCACUCCAUAACCAAGAACAGAAACUCAGAGGCACUCCCUGUCAGAAUGGACAGGUUGUCGGCAGGGGGUGUGGCUUAUCUGCUGAUGUGGGCAAAGAACAACACUCAUGUGCGUCUGUCCUCCAAGACUCCAGCUUUGAGGUCAUCUCACUGGAGAGCAGGUCUUCCUCUGGUUUCUGUGAAAAGUUUGCCGGCCAUGGUGGUUUUGUUCCAGGCCAGAUGGAGGACUCUCCCUCAGCACACAUAGUGGACUCAGCCAGCUGUUUCUUGGACCUUAACAGUAAUGGUGAUCUGGUGACCCAGGCUCUGGCUGACCUCGACCUGGGCGGAAAUAUAGAGCUUCCGGGCGGCAGAGGACACAAUGAUGAAAACCAACACUCAAUGACAUCCUGCGACACAGCUGAUCUCCUGCGUACUCCCUCCCCAUGUUUGAUAGAAUCUGACCAGGAAGCGGAACCUGUUGAGAACGGUAACGCUGGUGUCGAGGCCACAAACGGCUCAAGUGAAGAGCCAGAAGAAAAAGAACAGGGUGAACAGGAUCAGUGGUCUGCUCUCUCUACAAUUCAUAAAGACAAGAGUCAAGGGUUCAAUAUGCAGAUGAACGAUGGAAAUCAGUCCAUGACAGACAUUCCUGCCACGUCUACUCCAAAGAAGCAGAAGCAGAAUGGACACAACCGGACCUCAGAGAGUACUGAGAUACUGGAGGGGAGAUACCAAGGAAGCGCAUACCACAGAGACGGCACAAGAAUAGAUGUGCAGUGUGAUGUGUGCAGGACUGACCUCCCUGAUGGGGGCUCUAUGUUCUGUGUGUGGAUGAGCAGGCAGGGGGCACUGUCCCAAUCAAAGAAUUCCACACACAACCUGCUCGAAGCAAGUCUUGGAGAGAGGAUUGGUGAGGCCAGUUAUGGGGAUGCACUGCGCUCCACUCUGGACCUGGACCAGUCCCGGGCCUGUGACGGGCAGUUUGAAGAAGAGUACCAGCCUCUUCAAGCUGUGGGGAAAGGAGCCUUUGGUUUUGUCUGGAAGGCUUUAAGACGCAGUGAUGGACAAGAAGUGGUGGUGAAGUUCAUCAACAAGGCCAGGAUAGUGAGCGACUGCUGGGUGGAUGACCCCAUGCUGGGACGUGUCAGCCAGGAGAUUGCCUUACUGACACGAGUACAGCACCACAACAUAGUCAAGGUGCUGGAGGUGUUCGAGAACGGGAGUUACUUCCAGAUGGUGAUGGAGAAACAUGGAGAAGGUUUGGACCUAUUCGAAUUCAUAGACCUGCAGCCGAGGCUGGACGAGCCUCUUGCCAGCUACAUCUUCAGACAGCUGGUGACCGCUGUCUUCUACCUGAGGGCUAAGAACAUCCUCCACAGGGACAUAAAAGAUGAGAACAUCAUCAUCGACAAGUGUUUCCACAUCCGCCUAAUAGACUUUGGCUCUGCUGCCAUGUUGGUUCCCGGGAAGCUCUUUUACAAUUUCUGUGGCACACUGGAGUACUGCUCCCCAGAGGUGCUUCAGGGAAAUCCGUAUGAGGGUCCAGAGCUGGAGAUGUGGUCUCUUGGUGUUCUGCUCUACACUCUGCUGUUCAGCGAGAACCCUUUCUGUGGUGUGGAGGAGAUCCUGGAAGCCAAACUAAAGCCCCCAUUCCCCCUCUCUACAGACCUGCACGGUGUGUUAUGUGGGCUGCUGCACCCUGAUCCUGCUCAGAGAAUGACUCUGGACCAGCUGCUGCUGCAGACCUGGAUCAGCCAGCCCAUUUCCUUGGCAGAAUACAGCUGGACAGAGGUGGUCCCUUCCACUCAGAGCUACUGCCUGCCACAGCAACAGGAGUCAAAACCCCAAAUGUAUGUCACUCAAAACUUCUUCUCAGAUCAACAUGAUGAGACGCUUCCUGAUGAUGAUGAUGAAGAUGACAUGGCAAUGUUGGCCCUGGAAACAGAGCUUCAGAAGUACCUCUGUGAGGACUAAAGGCUUUAUUAAAAUGAAGUGGAGCCCAACGUCCGUCCAAGAUGAAGCCUCGGGGAGUGCGACAGGAUAUGAAGUGUAAAGGGAAGCUUGUCUUAGAAAGGCCUGAAUUCCAUCGUACUCCUUGUAAACCAAACUCUUUGAGAGACAGAUGGACGUUUACCUUUAUGAAGACUUAACAGUUUGUUAGUAGGUGAGCGCUGCUGGUCAAAAUUAGCCUGUUGAUAUGUAGGAUUGCUACAUAGAAAAGCAACAGAAUCAUCAUGACCUGCAGUAAUUCCUUUUAAUUCGUUUAUAUUUAAUUUAUUCUUUGGAUUGGGGGAAAACUUGAGCUUUUAAAACCACAGUAAUUGUUUAUUUGUAACCAGCUUUGCCAAUAAAACCUACAACUGACC